UUCUGGGAGUACCCAUCCAUUCUUAAGAAAGAACAAGUGAGAUUAUUAAUUAAUGUUCACCACUCAAGGACCUGUAUCACUGGAUUUAAAUGUUAUUUGUAUUAGACUACUUUCUCAGUACGCACGAUGGCAGAGGACCGGAACAAGUAAAAGGGCCGUGUUGCUCUGAGUAUACGCAGCCGGUCACGCUAACCUGAAAACCGUGACAUGAAAAUCUUCAGGCUGCACGUGCGCACGUCAUGAUCAGUAACUCCGGCAUUCCAUUCAAGCGCAAUCGUUCGUUUAGUCUCCGACAAAACCUUACGGAAGUGGACCAUGACGUUCUUGUUACAGGUCACACUUGUUCUGGUUGUGAAGCUGUCAGGAGUAUGGGCGUUUUCCUCAGGUCCUCCGUUGAGCACGUGCGAGGACAUGUUUGCUUAUCACAAAAUUAGGGGCAUGGUGCCGCGGACAUAUAACAAGGCUCAAACUGGAGAGUCGCCAUACAACGUCAGCGUGUCCAACAGUUCGUACUCUGCUGGAGAAAAUGUCACAGUGACGAUCUCAGGAACAAUUACUUUUAAUGGAUUUAUUUUACAAGCCCAGGGAACUGACAGUUCAGUCCCGUGGCCAGUGGGAGAAUUCGUCGACAUCCCGAGUGGCGCUCAACAUGUGUAUUGCUCUGGUGGAGGACCGAAGAACACAGUCGGUCAUAAAAACUCAAGAUACAACAAAACUGAGUGGAACUCCCGCCAGUUCACAUGGAUGGCCCCUGCAAAGGGCGCUGGGAACAUUACUUUCAUGGCCACUAUCGUUCAUAACUACUCCACAUUUUGGACCAAACUAACCUCAUCUGUAGUUGCCGGGCCACCAGCGGAACAGGUCAAUAGAGGGGCCACAACUGAGAGCUUUCAGAUUGACAAGAUUGGAUGUGGAAAGACCAAAGGCUGUUACUCGCUGCCAUCAUCGUGUACCGGAAGUGCUGACUGUAAUUAUCUGUUCACCUACCAAGUUUUCGGCGAAAGUGUUACCAUUGAAAUGAGUGCUAAAGAACGAUGGGUUUCAGUUGCCUUUAAUGAGAAGAAACUAAUGGACAAGAUGGACUCCAUUUGGUGCGUCACCAUGGCAACUAACCUGGCGGAAUUACGUCAUUACUAUUCUCAUCGCCACCACGUUGACCGACAAAACCUGGCUGGCAACAGUGAUAUCACUUUGACGAAGAUAGUUUACGAGGACGGUGGAAUAAAGUGCAAGUUGACUCGCAAACUUACCUCAAGUGCGGAUUACUUCAGAGAUCUGACAGAGAAAUGGUAUCUUCUUUUCUCCCAUGGACCAACAAGUCUUUCAGGCAGUACACAGUAUCAUUCUGAAAAUAGAACGUUCACUGGUGCCAUGGUAAAUCUCUCUGUCCCGGCAAUAUUGUCUCAUGAAGAAGUCAAAGAAACGAUUACCAAAGAUGGAUGCGGUAAAACAAAAAGCUGCUAUUCUGAGCCCGAGAGCUGUACGACCAGCAGUGACUGCCGGUAUCUCGUGACCAUGAAACCCGUGGGGGGUGAGGAUAGCGAUUCCGGUGAGGUAGAAUUUGAGCUCAGCACCGUGGGACAGUGGGGAUCCAUUGGUUUUAAUAACGAAAAGAAUGAAAUGGUAAGACAGUGGACUGGUCCAAUACUAGUAAUGAAAUUGUUAAAUAUAUAUUUGUCAAUUGACAAGAUUGGAUGUGGAAAGACCAAAGGCUGUUACUCGCUGCCAUCAUCGUGUACCGGAAGUGCUGACUGUAAUUAUCUGUUCACCUACCAAGUUUUCGGCGAAAGUGUUACCAUUGAAAUGAGUGCUAAAGAACGAUGGGUUUCAGUUGCCUUUAAUGAGAAGAAACUAAUGGACAAGAUGGACUCCAUUUGGUGCGUCACCAUGGCAACUAACCUGGCGGAAUUACGUCAUUACUAUUCUCAUCGCCACCACGUUGACCGACAAAACCUGGCUGGCAACAGUGAUAUCACUUUGACGAAGAUAGUUUACGAGGACGGUGGAAUAAAGUGCAAGUUGACUCGCAAACUUACCUCAAGUGCGGAUUACUUCAGAGAUCUGACAGAGAAAUGGUAUCUUCUUUUCUCCCAUGGACCAACAAGUCUUUCAGGCAGUACACAGUAUCAUUCUGAAAAUAGAACGUUCACUGGUGCCAUGGUAAAUCUCUCUGUCCCGGCAAUAUUGUCUCAUGAAGAAGUCAAAGAAACGAUUACCAAAGAUGGAUGCGGUAAAACAAAAAGCUGCUAUUCUGAGCCCGAGAGCUGUACGACCAGCAGUGACUGCCGGUAUCUCGUGACCAUGAAACCCGUGGGGGGUGAGGAUAGCGAUUCCGGUGAGGUAGAAUUUGAGCUCAGCACCGUGGGACAGUGGGGAUCCAUUGGUUUUAAUAACGAAAAGAAUGAAAUGCCUGGUACCGAUGCUUUAAUCUGCGCUAAGGUUAAUAGGAAAGUCUCUGUGGACCACUACUUUAUGAAAGGUUACGAUACUCCUACCAAGACCACCCCUAGACCUGGGUCCUUAGUUCUAGAUGUUGGAAAAUCAUCAGGUGGAGUUUUGAGCUGCCGUUUUCGAAGAAAGAUGAAAGAUGAUAAAAUGGCGGACCUGACGGAGUCGUGGCAUCUUGUGUAUGCAAGUGGUCCCAUGAAUGGCGACGUCAUCGGUAAACACUAUACUACUCCAAAAACGAGUCCUGAGAAAGUCAAGGUGGUUGACAUCGGAACGCUUGGUGCAGAAAAGGAGGGCCCCGAAAUGAUACAAACCCACGGUUGUUUGAUGGUAAUCGCGUGGGUUGGUUUCGCGUCGAUUGGAAUUUUCAUGGCUCGUUACAUGAAGGUGGCAUUUGGAGAGAAGGUUCUGUUGGGAACUAAAGUGUGGUUCACGUUUCACCGAUCACUGAUGAUCCUAACUGUUCUGUUCACUAUCAUUUCCACCAUCAUAAUAUUUGUUCAUGCUGGACGUUGGACCGAGGAGGCUGGUGCCCACCCAAUCACUGGUAUUAUUGUACUGGUGUUAGCUGUUAUUCAACCGAUAAUGGCAUUGUUUAGACCCCACCCUGGAGAGGCCAACCGCUUCAUCUUUAACUGGGCCCAUCGUGGUGUUGGUCUGUCUUCGCUUAUCUUGGCAGUGGUGACUGUGUUUCUUGGUAUUCGUCUUCCUGCCUCAAGCCUGGAUGACUCAGCUCUGUACGCCAUGAUUGUCUACUGUCUGGGCGUGGCUAUUGUGGUCGUGUUUGAGCUUUACCUUUCCCUCAAAAAGGAAAGAACGGGAACACGUUUCAACCCGUUAGGAGACAAAGAUGCUGGUGGUCAUGUUAUACUGCAGCCUGCUGGAGAUCAGUUCUUGUUUGCACGUCAGCUGAUGUUGGGUUUCUCAGUUGCUCUUGUAUCUGGUGUUGUCAUUGCUCUUGUGGUGCUGAUAGCGCUCGCUGAUGGAGAAGGAGGCCAUGAACACGAACAUUGAAUCCAUCACCAUGUACGUAAUCCAGCACUAAUGCUGGUUAUAUAUACUUGAUUAGAUAGAUUAGAUAUACUUGAUAAUUAUAUAAUUAAAUUCAGAAAAGCGUAAUAAUCAACACUGAUCUGAGUUAUUAAAAUUUUUCCAGGUAUUUAGGUCCAUAAUGGGUGCAGAAAACUACUUAGGUGGCUGUAGUCUUUUACACUUUUUGUAGAAUUUAUUGUCAGUGAACGUUUUGACGUAAAGCAAUAAGUAGAAACCUGUACGGUCAAGUAUCAAUUUAAAUGCGCAUGUCCUUGUAAUAGGAGCGCAUAUCUUUUACCUUCUUAGUCGUGGACAGUAUUUCCAGUUCUCCUCUUGCAGAAUAAGUCCUUUUUUGUGAGCAGUAGGUACAGCCAUUGAAAGACUUUGAUUUUUCGUUACAUGAGGAACACAUACUUGAGUAUGUUAUUCUGUGGAUGUAACAUAAAGAGGUUUUCUAUUAAGAUAGUCCGGGGAUAGUGUAGCAGUUAAAAUGCGUUUAUAAAAACUUUACAACUUUGUUAUGAUUAAAAGAUUAAUCUUAGAAUAGUG